AUGGAGAACCACGACAAGAGCCACGUCGACCCCGAGCAUAGCCACCAUGCCGAGCACCAUGAGGACCAGACGCCAUGGCACGGCAUGUCUGUCGGUCGCUACCUCGGUGCCCGCUUCAGCACCUUGAAGCCGCCGAUGCUCAGCGCGCCGAACCCGUUGAAGCUGGUUGUGAUGAUCAACCGCCGCCAGUGGGCGUUCUUCGCCGUCGCGUUUGCGGCCUGGACAUGGGACGCUUUCGACUUCUUCACCGUAUCUCUCACCGUCACCGAGCUUUCAGAAACCUUCGACAAGUCCAAGACCGACAUCACCUGGGGAAUCACCCUGGUUCUCAUGUUCCGAUCCGUCGGGUCUAUCCUCUUUGGCAUCGCGGCAGACAGAUACGGCCGCAAAUGGCCCUUCAUCGUGAACAACAUCCUGUUCAUCAUCCUCGAACUGGUAAGCAAGAAAUAA